UUCAGGCUUUGUUUCUUUCUUCCUUCCCACAAAACCCAUUCAUUCGGCUCUCAUUUAAUCCGCAGUGCUUUCUCUCUAGGCUUUGAAGCUUUCCGAUCCAAUUUUCCGGUUUUUUAUUUUAAUCAUACAACGCUUUCGGGCUUUGUGAGUUUCUUUGAUCUGAUCACUUGCAAUACGAUUUUUUUUCUCUUUUCAAUUUGGGAUUUCGAAGAUAAAUUUUGAGUUUUCUAUGCUGUUUUUGGUUACCGAGAAAUCGCUAGAAAUCCCGGACGAAUGAUCGCUUUCCUUCUAUAAAUAUCAGCAUCUUAUAUAUCUAGUACUAAUUUGGGACUUUGAUGAGCUAAAGAAUCACUCACAGAACACCUCUUUUUAUUUGUUUUCAAUUUGGGUGAGUUGGGUUUCGAAUUUUUCUUUCUUGAGAACCAGACAAGUAAAGAAAAAAACAGAGUAUAUUGCAAAGUUCCUGCCUUUUCAUUGUAGUUUCCUCCGUUUUCUCAGUAACCAAGCGGAGGUACCAGUUUUAUUUGAAAAGGUCUGAGCUGUGCAAAUGUUGGGAAGUGGGUUACAGUUUGGAAAUGUACGUGGGGAGGACAGGUUUUACAUUCCUGUGAAAGCAAGAAAGAGAUACAAUAAUCAGCAAAAGCAAGCUAGGAAAGCCAAGAAUGAUGCAAACGAGAACCCCAAAGAGCUUCCAAAGAGCAAAGUAGUGGUUUCUGAGAAAAGAAGCCCCAAAGAGCCUCCAAAUACAUUGGCAAAGCCUUCUUCUGAGUCAUCUCUAAAGCCUAGUAGUAAUCUUGACAGGCUCUUGGAGUCCACCACUCCUUCAGUUCCUGCGCAGUAUUUCUCUAAGACGACAAUGAGGGGGUGGAGGACUUGCAAUGUUGAGUUUCAGCCUUACUUCACAUUGAAUGAUCUUUGGGAAUCGUUUAGGGAGUGGAGUGCAUAUGGGGCAGGAGUGCCAUUGGUACUUAACAAAAGUGAUUCUGUUAUUCAAUAUUAUGUUCCCUAUUUAUCUGGUAUCCAAUUAUAUGGGGAAUCUUCUGUGAAGUCAAAUGCAAAGUCAAGGCAAGUUGGUGAGGACAGUUAUGUUGACUACGAUUUGGAUUCGAGUAGUGAUGCAAGCAGUGAUUAUGAAGUUGAGAAACACAAAAAGACCGCUAAGGAGCAGCAAGCUCUUCACCGUUUAAACACGGAUGUUCCUAUUAGAAUGGGCGGGUUGUCCAUACAUGAUGGACACCCUUUGUUACAAGAAGGCUUUUCUAGUGAUGAUGGAGAAGCUGGGAAUUCUCGUGGUGUCCUGCUUUUUGAGUUUCUUGAGCAGGAUGCUCCAUAUGGCCGAGAACCAUUGUCUGACAAGAUAUCAGAUCUAGCAUGCCAGUACCCUGGGUUGAAGACAUUAAGAAGUUGUGACUUACUGCCAGGAAGUUGGAUGUCAGUGGCUUGGUAUCCCAUAUAUCGAAUACCUAUGGGUCCAACACUGAAAGAUUUGGAAGCUUGCUUUCUGACGUAUCAUUCACUUUCAACACCCACGGCAGUUAGUGGAAGCACGCAGGCUCCAGUGAUGGUCUAUCCCACCGAGAUGGACGGUGUACCAAAGAUUUCCUUACCUGUUUUUGGAAUGGCUGCUUAUAAGUUAAAAAGAACAACGUGGACACAAAAUGGAGUAAUGGAGUGUCAACUGGCAAAUUCCCUGAUGCAGGCUGCAGGCAAUUGGCUAACCCUGCUUCAGGUCAAUCACCCGGAUUUCCAGUUCUUUGCUUCCCACGGCAUGUACUGCAGGUGAAAUUGAAAGUUGUUUCAUUGAUGCAAUGCAACUGCCUUAGCUUCCAUUCCACGAUUUACAAGCCUUGAAAUUGAAUGCUUGAUCCAUGGCCAUGUUGAGGUAUAUGGUAUAUGGCAUAUAUGGCUGGGAGGAUGCUGGAAUGCCCUUCAGAGGUCUUUUAGGUGUGAAUUUUGUGUUUAUGAAUGCAAGAAAGAAAAAAAACAGAAGAGAAAGUUGGCAUUUACAAAAUUUAAAGAUAAAAGAAGAAACAGAAAAAAGACAGAGGAAGCAGUGAAAGAAAAACCCAAAGGCAUGGAAGGAAGGAAGAAGAAUAAUGUCAAGAAGACCAAUAGAGAUGAAAAUGGAAAUGGUGUAUUAGAUAUGUAUAUUUAUGUUGAUCUGUUGGUUUUAGGAAUAUUAUGCAUAUUUUCACAAGUAGAGAUGUAAAGCAGAUGGAUGUUUAAAAUGUUGUGCUGCUUCAAAUU